UAAAGUCAGUCCACACCCUGUAACAGGUAGCAUCCGUGCCCUGCCCUGCGCUUCGCCUCACAGUGUAGGGUCCAGCGUGUCCUGCCUGCUCCGCUCUUCCACACAGCCCGGCCGCCGCUCCUCUGCUGCUGUUUGGGACUUGUGUGCAGCCGACGUUAUGGCCACUACGGUGCUGACCAUGAGUGCCAGGCUGGGCCGCCUGGACGAACCUGUCUUCACCCAGCUAAAGCCUGUGCUUGGGAAUGGGGGGCAGCUGUCUAACAGAGCGGACCCCACUACUGCUGCAGGAGCGACAUUUACUGAGGACAUGAAGAGCCCCAGACUGUUGCCUGAGGACAUCGUGCAGACUAGAUGUGAAAUGGAAAAAUAUCUUGCACCCAAUCCAAAUGCAGCAAGCAUCAUGCAAGAUCAAAAGAAAUACAGAAGAGAGAGUGCGUCAGGCAUUGACCAGUUCUUCAGUGGUGAUGGUGACGGAAUGCCUUAUAGCAUCAACAUGAACGUCUUCCUACCAGACAUCACUCACCUGCGAACAAACUUGUACAAGUGCCAGAGGCCUACAGUCCCCCACAUUAAAACAGAGCCAACAGGGUUCACCCAACAGACGGAUGCUACAGCCCCACAGCCUCUUCCAGAGUUUACCAGCAUCUUCAGUUCUCACCAAAACACAGAUCUUAAUAACAUUUACAUCAAACAGGAGCAGCUGUCUCCAGAAAUCCAGAUUCCCGUGAACUCCCAGCACGGUCAGUUAUAUCAGCUCUUAAGUUCACCAGACAUGGACCUGAACUCCACAAGCCAGACUGCGGUAAUGGACUCUAUUAGCAAUGUAUCAUUGCCUACAGAAUUAUCAGGAUUCAGUACGCUCCCCACCCCUGUGUCACAGACCACAAUGAAGCAAUUCCAGGGUAUUCCCCAGUGUUCAUAUAAUAUACAUGGUCAGUUCAUGCAACAGCAAGAGGCAACUUACUUUCCUCCAUCACCACCCAGCUCAGAACCUGGCAGCCCAGAUCGACAAGCAGAACUCCUUCACAGUUUAAACCCACCACCUUCCUAUGCAGCCACAAUUGCCUCCAAAAUGGGCAUUCACAAUGGCAGCUUACCUACAACAGUACCAAUGGCGCCUGCUCCUGUGCAGCAAGUCCGCUACAAUCGCAGAAACAAUCCAGACUUGGAGAAGAGAAGAAUUCACUAUUGUGACUAUCCUGGGUGCACAAAAGUGUAUACAAAGUCCUCGCAUUUAAAAGCUCACCUGAGAACACAUACUGGAGAGAAGCCAUACAAAUGUACAUGGGAAGGUUGCGACUGGAGAUUCGCUCGCUCAGAUGAACUCACACGUCACUACAGAAAACACACAGGAGCCAAACCUUUUCAAUGUGCAGUUUGCAACCGCAGCUUCUCCCGCUCUGACCACUUGGCUCUUCAUAUGAAAAGACAUCAGAAUUAAUCUGGAUUCUGCCAGAGGCUAUUCUUUACUAUGCAAAGUUUUAUUUUCCUGUACUGCCUCAUCUCCAUAAUACAAUUUCAAGCAGUGUAACUCCCUGUUAAGGUGGUUACUACAUCUCAAACUCUCAUCUCCGUUGUAAUGUGGACUGGUCUGUUAAAAGAAGGGAUGGGCGGGAAGAGACUGGAAAAAAAUACAUUAUUUUUGUCUUCAGCUUAACUACAGCUUGAUUGUACCUUGAAUGUUUGAAACAACAUUACUAUUAUCCCCCAGUAUAUGGUAGUUGGCAGAGUUCAUCUCAAUACACGUUAUUUACAUCUCAACACACAAUGCUGUUAAGGUUGUUAAGCAAUGUUUUGACCAAAGCACUGUCUUUACUGUUACAGUGUUUAGUAAAUGAAAUGAGGUCACAGAUGACUGCACGCGAAGGACAAGUCAUAAUAGAAGAAAAUGGGGAAAAAUACUCUAAUACUUGAGCAUGCAACUGCAAUUUUUUUUUUUAUCUUAUCUACAGGUCAUCUGUCUCUGUAGUGUAUCAAUGUAGCCUCCACUGACCAUUUAAUCUGUAAUAUAUUGUUUUUAUAUAAAAUAAAAUAAAAAAAAGCUAAUUCCCCAAAUAUUUCAUAAUUUAGCCUUAAAAAUCUUGCACUGAUGUCUUGAAACUAAUUUUAUUUAUGCAUAUAUAUUGAAAAGGUUUAGAUUUUCUUAUACCAGUGUCUGUACAUAGUUUGAUAAGCUAACACUAAAUUUUACAGAUCUUGUGGUCAUACGUGGAUCUUACUCCAUCCUGUCUGUUGCCCCCCCAUGUGCUUAUAUUACAUCAGUUUAUUACAGACGUGAUUUGUUGCCACAUGACUUCCAAAGAAAAAAAGGGGCUCUUACAAUUUAAUACCCUUGUUUUAUUCUAGGAACAUAUGUUAAUAAUAUAUAUGUGUUUUAUGAGGUGGUAACAAUACAUUUUUGGUUUAUAUUUCACUUUACAACCCAACACACUGAGAAUUGUUCUCAUUUUUAACAUACCAUUAUUUUAUUCGUGUAAUUUUUCUUUUUCCAAGACAUUAUUGCACUUGUUCUACCAUUUUUAGGGGAUUUCCUUACUCACCAAUUUACAUAUAUCUUUUAAAAAGCCAAAAUUGUAGAGCAAAAAAAUAUUCAGCAUUCAUUAUGUAGGUGGUAAUUUAGUUUUGCAGCAUUUAUGUUAAUGGACACAGUAACUUUUUUUAAAGUUGCUAUGCAGUUUACUUACAUGUAUUUGCAGUAGCCUAAAUAAUUGCAUAACUAAAAUAGUUUGGAUAAAGGUUUCAUGCAGCAGAAAUUCUUGUGUUGAUAAGUCUUGUUUUAGCAUAGACAAAAGGGUUUUACUCGUUAAAAAUUGCUGUAUUUUUCUUGUCUAUUUAUUUUUAUUUUUGUUUUUUAUUGUAAAAGCUACUGUAUUUUAGCUACUUUGAAUAAAUUAACAUUAUUGUAUUCCUUCAAUUGUACUUUUAAACCUGUAAAUACAUUGCAAUUGUAAAUAAUUUUGUACAACACUUUGAUUUAUACAAAAGAUGUGCACAUUUUUGUUGCUUCAUUGCCUUGUAUUUUUAUAUUUGUAGUUAUAUAAAAAAAAGGGACAAAUAACGGUUUCCAGAAAAAAAAUUAAAAAUGUUCCUCAUGUAUUGUCAAUAAUAAACUGAA